CACUGCGCUGCUGAGAGUUUGGGGCGCGCUGAGACGCAGAGGAUCUUUUUCUCCAGCCCAGCAGAGAUCUACUGGAAAACGAUGAUAACAACCAGAAGGCUGUGCGCUUCUGUGAAGAUUGGGCACCCUAACUUUUUUCUUAACUCGUUUUACUGAGAACUGACCUCGCUUUUUCAUCGUAUCCGAGUUUCCCAUGAGUUCAUCUGGCAGACGGACAUAUGCGCACCGUGCAGGCUCUCACCGUAGACCGACAGUAGAGGAAAACUCCGAUGGAAAACCAUGCAGCACUUUGAAUCCAUGGAGACAUGGCGCAAAGACUCCUCACAUCUGCAAAUAGAGUCAGCGCUAGAUUCGUCUUCAUAUUUACUUUGUCCCUAUCCUGUGCGUACCUAUGCUAUAAUAUCAUUUUUUAUCGCGGCACACUCAUGACAAGCCAGGGUUACGUCGGGAAGCGCUGCCCGCCGAGCAAAAACGCUGGAGGGAAGAAACUUCUUGGGAAACUGGACAAUUGUGCUUCCCUGGAUGUCAGGUCGGCUUUUCAGCAGCGAGGAUCAAGUGAUCCCAGGGAUCAGAGUAAAACCUCGUCUUCGCCUCGUGCUGAGGUGAAUUUGAAAAACAUAACUGUUGCGCAGAAAUACGGUAACAAGAAGCUACCCAAUGCAUUGAUAGUAGGCGUAAAGAAAGGGGGAACCAGGGCGGUUCUGGAGUUCAUCCGGAUACAUCCAGAUGUUCGCGCACUCGGAACAGAGCCACACUUUUUUGACAGAAACUAUGCUAGAGGACUGGACUGGUACAGGGGAUUAAUGCCACGUACACUCGACAGCCAGAUAACGUUAGAGAAGACUCCAAGCUACUUCGUGACCAGAGAGGCACCCCACCGCAUAUCGAGCAUGUCUCAUGAUACCAAGCUGAUCGUUGUGGUACGCAACCCCGUCACCAGAGCCAUUUCUGACUAUACUCAGACCCUUUCUAAGAAGCCAGAUAUCCCUACUUUUGAAGAGCUGGCCUUUAAAAACCGGAGCUCGGGUCUUGUGGACACAUCCUGGAAUGCCAUUAGGAUUGGGAUGUAUAUCCUCCAUCUGGAAAACUGGCUUCAGUAUUUUCGUCUGUCACAGAUGCAUUUUGUGAGCGGCGAGCAGCUGAUAACGGAUCCGGCAGGGGAAAUGGGCCGUGUCCAGGACUUUCUAGGGCUCAAGCGCAUAAUCACGGACAAGCACUUCUACUUCAAUCGAACCAAAGGUUUCCCCUGCUUAAAGAAGCCCGAGAGCAGCAGCCAGCCUCGAUGUCUGGGUAAAUCCAAGGGCAGGACUCAUGUCCAGAUUGAGCAGGAGGUCAUAGAGCAGCUUCAGGAGUUUUAUAGACCUUUUAACAUCAAAUUCUAUGAAACUGUGGGACAAGAUUUCAAGUGGGAUUGAAUGUACUAUUAAAAAAUGUUUAUAAAAUGACUACCUCUGGAAGAAAAUUAAAUCUUUGA